AUGGUGCAUCAGAUGGAACCUCUGCAGAUGCAUGGGAAAACAUGGACAAGAAUUUCACGGGCUGCUAUGGCCUCCCAUGUAAAGAGCGGGGAUGGGAGGGCUGCCUUGUGCUGGCCGAAGUCAUUUGUCACUACUCUUGCUGCAAUUGUUCUGUCUUUGCUUGCUUUUUCAGCACACGGGACUAAUGAGACGCAGGGGAACCUGAUAUGGGAUCCAAAUCUGCUGGAAGAGUUCCUAGGAAGUGACUUUGGUUUGGGAGCCUUGCAGAACCAGUUCCCUGACACUCCACCCUACUCUGGAUCUGAUCCGAGCUCUCCUCCCCAGGUCAAAGGUGCCGGUGCUAGACCUCUUCCUAUGUUACAGAACUCUGCACCUGGGAAGAUGCUUCCCAACCCACCUGAGGACAAAUAUGAAGUGAACCCCACUGGAUACCCACCAAAUGGGCUCCAUGACUGUUGUCUGAAGAUCAGUAACCCUGAGCAUUCCUGGGAUCAACCUACACCCUCUUACUUGGCCUCAGAUUGUUCUUAUCCCCAACCAAGACUGCACCACAGCCCACGGGUCUUACUGUCCCCAACCAAAAAGAGGAAGCAUUCUCAGGUGCUAGAGGAGGAGGAGGAAGAGAACUGUCUGUUGUGGGCUAAAGACUACAAAACAAUGGUGGGCAGGGAUUAUGCGGCAGAAGCUCAUGAAAAUGGUGGUGAUGGACAGAAUGCAGCCUCUUUGGAUAAGGGUUGUCCUUCCCUGAAAUGGCGGCCAUAUCAAGCUACUCCCUGGCACACCUUACUCAACGGUCAUUAUGAAAAACUCCCCGAUGUAGGCUACAGUGUGGUCACAGACAAAGGAUUUAACUUCUCUGUGGCAGAUGAGGCUUUUGUUUGUCAGAAGAAGAAUCAUUUCCAGAUCACUACCCACAUCCAGGUUUGGGGGAGUCCACAAUUUGUCAAAACCCAAAUGGGGCUAAAGCCGAUAGAAAUGUUUUACUUGAAAGCUUUUGGAGUUAAGGUAGAGGCCACCAAUCAGAUAAUUGCAAUUGAACAGUCCCAGUCGGAUCGAAGCAAAAGGAUAUUCAAUCCUUACAAAAUUGAUCUAUCAGGAGACCAAGUAAUCAAAGUAACACUAGGAAGACUACAUUUCAGUGAAACAACAGCCAAUAAUAUGAGAAAGAAGGGAAAGCCCAACCCUGACCAAAGGUAUUUUAUGUUGGUGGUUGGACUCUAUGCUGCUAGCCAAGACCAGCUCUACUUAUUGACUGCUCACAUCUCUGAGAAGAUAAUUGUCAGGGCGUCUAACCCGGGGCAAUUUGAGAAUGACAGUGACGUGUUAUGGCAGCGAGGACACGUCCCAGAAUCUGUCGUCUGUCAUGGGCGAGUAGGAAUUAACACGGACGCUCCUGAUGAAGCCCUGGUUGUCUGUGGCAAUAUGAAAGUGAUGGGGACAGUCAUGCAUCCGUCUGACAGCCGGGCAAAACAGAAUAUCCAAGAGGUUGACACAAAUGAACAGCUUCGAAGAAUAAACAGAAUGAGAAUUGUCGAAUAUGACUACAAACCAGAAUUUGCAUCUGUAAUGGGAAUAAACAGUACUCAUCAAACAGGAAUGAUAGCCCAAGAGGUACAAGAAGUCUUACCCAGGGCAGUCAGAGAAGUUGGUGAUAUUACAUGUGAAAAUGGAGACAAGUUGGAUAACUUCCUCAUGGUUGAUAAGGAUCAGAUCUUCAUGGAGAAUGUUGGUGCAGUCAAGCAGCUCUGCAAACUUACGAAUAAUCUUGAGGAAAGGAUUGAGGAGCUAGAAAUCUGGAGCAAAAAAUUGGCCCGGUUAAAGCGUCUUAGCAGCAUGAAGUCCACAGCCAGUGGAGGGAGUUCGCUCAGCAAGUUUAGCCCAACUGUGAGUGUUGCUUCUGUAAAAAGAAGAGUCCCUACUAGAACCAGCAAGCUUUAUUUUUCAGAGAAUAAACAGGCAUGUCCCAACUGGAUUUUCCAGAUCUUGGUUAUUACUCUGAUCUCUGUGAUGACAUUUUGUGCCCUGACGAUAGUCUCUCUUUAUAUACUUAGUUUACUAGAUCGAGACAGGAACCAAAAUCUGCCUUCUGGCAAUGUAACAAGCUCUCUGAUGCCGGUCCUCCCUCCUUGUACCUUUCCAACAGCACCAAACACAUCUCUCACAACUACCAAACCUUCCUUCCUGGGUCUUGAAGUCACUUUCUGUGAGAUAUUGCCUUGUUACAAUACUUAUUGUUGUCCUGUGAAUGAGGCCAGAAGAGUCCUAAGAAGCUCUAUGAAAAAGGUGAUUGAGGAGGAGAAGAAUAUAGGCAUCCACCAAUGGCAAUCUCCAGGGGAGACAUUUUCAGGACGAUACCCACUAACUAAACCUGAUUGGGGAAGUGACUGGAUUGAUACAACCAUCAGUUCCAUUCAGAUUAUGGAAAUUCAGCACAAAAUUGACCGCCGUUAUUGCAGUAAAAGCCUCCAUUGUGGGUCUGGAAAUUACAACUACAAUAUUCCUAUUAACAAGUACACACCUACCAAUGUAAAGUUUUCCUUGGAAAUCAACACAACAGAGCCACUGAUUGUCUUCCUGUGCAAAGUCAGCCUUGGAAAUAUAUGUUUCCAUGGGAAAAGGGAUGCAAAUGGUAUCUAUAGCCAGAUGGAAGUUUUCCCAGAGACCACACAGGGAUGUCAGCACAUUUGGAGUCUCCCCGUAGCCCCAUUUUCUGACAGUGCGUAUCAUUUCCGAGUAGCUGCACCGGAUUUGGCAGACUGCUCCACAGACCCUUAUUUUGCUGGGAUAUUUUUCACAGAUUACUACUUUUAUUUUUAUCGACAUUGCAGCUAA